GACUGUAAACUAACGCAUGAAGUGUCCCUGCAUCCUGCUGUCAGGAACGACACGUCUUCAGCUACUCGAAUGUCUCAACCAAUAUAGAUAAUGAGGGUAACCUUGGUGUUUGCGAUAAAUCAUCAUUAGCAACCCAAGUGCUGUAAUGCGCCCAAGGCAAAGCAGAUCAAGAAAAGGAAACUGAAAACCAUGGCUCAGAUUACCAACUUAAGAAUCGAUCCAAGGAAUGGCUUUUGCUCUUCCAAUUCCACAUUCUACAGCAAACGCAAGCCCUUUCCGCUUCCAUCCAACCGCUGCCUUGACAUCACCACAUUUAUUUCCUCUUACCCCCACCAUGGCAAGACCGCCUUCAUCGAAGCCGCCACCGGCCGCCACCUGUCCUUUUCCGAACUCUGGCGAGGGGUUGACUUGGUUGCCACGUGUCUGUCCGAUUUGGGAAUCCGGAAAGGCCACGUCGUUCUCAUCAUCGCACCGAACUCCAUAUUCUUCCCCAUGGUUUGCCUCUCUGUGAUGUCUCUUGGCGCUAUUAUAACCACCAGCAACCCCCUCAACACGCCUCGUGAAAUCGCGCUACAAAUGGCGGAUUCAAAGCCCGCCCUCAUCUUCACGACCAGCCAACUCGUCCCAAAACUUGCUGGAUCAUCUCUCCCUAUCGUACUUCUCGACGAGCAGGAGAUCAUUACCACGAGCGAAGCCAAAAUAGUUGCAACCAUGGAUCAAAUGAUGAAGAAGGAACCAACUGGGAGCCGAGUCAGGGAUCGAGUCCACCAGGACGACCCGGCCAGUCUACUUUAUUCAUCAGGCACAACGGGUGUCAGCAAGGGAGUCAUAUCAUCUCACAGAAACCUCAUGGCGCUGAUGCAAUCAUUUUCAUGCAUGGCCAAUGCAGACGAAGUAUUGCAAACGCAUAUCUGCACCGUUCCCAUGUUCCACAUCUACGGCUUCGGAGCUUUUGCCAUAGGGAAACUCACGGUAGGAUCAACGGUGGUGAUUUUAUCAAAAUUCGACACGAACGAAAUGCUGUCGGCGAUUGAGAAGUACCGCGCCACGUGCCUCCCCCUCGUGCCACCUAUACUCCUGGGAUUGGUGAAAGGCGCGGAUCAGAUACGAAGGAAGUAUGAUUUGAGUUCGUUGCAAUCGGUUCUGUGCGGCGGGGCCCCGCUGAGUAAGGCACUGAUCAAUGGGUUUUUGGAGAAGUUCCCAACGGUGAAUAUUCGUCAGGGGUACGCGUUAACCGAGACAACAGGGUUUGGGGCGUCCAUGUAUUCGCCGGAGGAGAGUAGGAAGUAUGGAACGGUGGGGCUGUUGAUGGCCCGCCUGGAGGCCAGAAUUGUGGACCCUGCCACUGGUUCGGCCUUGCAGGUUAAUCAGACGGGUGAGCUUUGGCUUAGGGGCCCCUCCAUUAUGAAAGGUUAUCUUAACAAUGUAGAAGCCACAGCAUCAACUCUUGAUUCGGAUGGAUGGUUGAAGACUGGCGAUCUUUGCUACAUCGAUGGGGAUGGCUUCCUUCACGUAGUUGACAGGUUGAAGGAAGUCAUUAAAUACAAGGGAUACCAGGUGCCUCCUGCUGAGCUGGAGGCAUUGCUCCUUUCUCACCCAGAGAUUUCUGAUGCAGCUGUCAUACCGUUUCCCGAUGAGGAGGUCGGGCAGUAUCCUAUGGCGUAUGUGGUUAGAAAAACUGGAAGCAAUGUAUUGGAGACUGAAGUCAUUGAUUUUGUAGCAAGACAGGUGGCACCAUACAAGAAAAUCCGCAAAUUGGCGUUUGUAACUUCAAUACCCAAGAACCCAUCGGGCAAGAUUCUCAGGAGGGAUCUCGUUAAGCUUGCAACUUCCAAAAUUUGAGUGAUUCCGACUUUUGAUGGAAAAUAACUUGGAAAGUUGUCGCUCGAUAAUGAUAAAUUCAUGUUCAAAGCAAAGUUUUCACUCUACGGUGAAAAUUCUUUGCUUGUUUCUCGAUCCAUGGAAUUAUGUAAACAGGAUUCAUGCAUUUCGCUGUUUGCUAUAAAUUUCAGGCAUGAGUGCGUGACCACAUGUGAUGUGUCUCUGCUAAUAAACCAAGAAAAAUGAAAAUUGA